UCGGCAUAUCACAACGCAAUUUUACAAAACAUUUGACCUGACUUAAGUGUACAGUGGGGCUUUUAGUUGUGCGGGUCAUCGUAAGAAGCGCCAUCAGUUUAAAUUAGAACAUAAACCCCUAUUUUACUCACACUGAGCACAGCCUAAAAUCAGGAAACUUCAUACCAACUAAUUAUCCAGUAGAUCCAGACCUCACAUGACCUCUAUCUAAUUAAUAACAUUAAUUAUAAAAAAAUAGAAAGGAUAAGGAAAAUAAGAAUCUUAUACAAUCAACCAGUAAAUACAAACUGUACAUGACCUUCAUCUAACAAAUAACAACAAUAAUAACAGCAGGAUAGACACAGAGAAUACGAAUCGUAUUUUAGCAAAUAACUAAAGGUUCACAGAGAGAGAAGAGUAAAGCAUUUGAGCAAUAGUUUCUGGAGUUCCGCGUGGAAACGAACCUGGGCAGUGCGUCGGGAAGACCAAGCACGCGGACCCACAAUGGAGACGAAGGUUAAAUGGCUGUGGAGGAAGACCGCGGUGGAGUCCUUUUACGAACCUUUCGGCACUUGUUAUGAGCUCACCCUCGUCACACGGAAGCCCUUGCUGGAGGAGCAGUUCCGUUGCACGCUCUCCCAUUUCUAUAGGAAAGUGCCCAACGUGAGGACAUGCUUCGGUGAGCGAGACGGAGAGAUAUGGCUCCGGGAGAUGCCUCAGGAGAUAAUCGACUUCGAAUUACUUCCAGAAGACAGAUCGGACGAAGACAUACACUCCAAACUACAGUGUUACGACUUCAAUAAGCAGACAGGGCCUUUGUGGUGCGUGAAGCUCAGACCAGAACCAGACUCGUCCCCAGAUGGUGUGUUCAGGGAAGGUGUUCAGGGAUAUCCUCACAUGUAUUCGAUGUACCUGGGUAUAAAUCACGCAAUCACUGACGGCACUUCGAACUCCACCAUUUGCGGCUUCAUCGUCCAGCUCCUCGAUGAUGUUUUGGCUGGGAGAGAAAUCAAUGACGAGGAACAGCUCGGAAUUUACAUACCGGAUGAAAAGACGCAAAGGGCUCUGCGCGAACAAGAGGCUCUCGUGAACGGCGAUCCCGAACUACAGAGUAAAUUGACAAGAGAAUAUCAGAGUCUCCUAGGACGGCACUCACUUGUUAAGACACUCUUUAAGGAAGUUGGAGAGGAAAAGGCAAGGACAUUAUAUGUGACGCGGGAUUUAGAUGAGAAAGAUAGUGCUAUCUUUUUCAAGCGGUGUCGUGCGGAGGGCAUCACGGUCAAUUCUGCUUUUACAGCCAUCGGUAACUUCGCGAUGGUGGAUCUCCUGGCGAAAGGCGGCCUCGAUCAAGACACGUACAGCAUUCGCUGUGAGCACGUCGUCAACGGCCGCCGCUACUGGAAACCAGAUACUUCUACAUACCUUGGCUGUCAUAUCUUGCCGAUGCUGACUACGGUCUUCGAAACACCGCGAAACUUCAACGCAGACUUUUGGAAUUACGCAAAGUCCAUUAACGAGGAACUCCAGAGGAAACUCAAAAGUGCGUCAGUACUCCAGAUGGAGAGAAUAAAAACCCUUGUUCCGAAGACUUUCGACCCCACUUUCGAGUUCGAGUAUUGCAUCACCAACAUGGGAGACUUGACGAAAAAGGUGACCGAGGGCGGCGACCACGUGCAAGUAGUGAAUGUUAACAGGACUGCAUCAAUGCACAAAGUCCCUUUUAUAUGGGCGAAUUUUUUACACAGCUUCCGUGGCCGUUUCAUCAACACUCUCGUGUACAAUACUUUGUAUGUUGAUGCAGAGAUAGUUGAAUUCUUUUUCGAGAAGUCAUUCCACUAUCUCCAUGCAUCAUUAAAACUGUAAAGCUAACUUGAUUCACCAAACAAAUUUAGUGAGAGAGAUCAGUGGAUUUUACAAAUAACUUUUCAUUCAAAAGACACUAGAGAAAUAUUUCGGUGUUCCUUGUUUGAAAAAAACUCGCUUUGCAGUAACAUUAUGUUAACCCUCGGGCUUUGCAUUUGAUUAUGUAUAUUAAUAAUUUAGAUAUGAAAAAAAAAAAAAUAUUAUUUGUAUGGGACAACUAAUGUGUACUUUUCUUCUUUUUUCUUUUAACUUUCUCCUUUCAAAUGGUUUGUCGCGUGAAUAUGGGAUCAUAAAGAGAUUAAGAUAAAUAUAAGUAGUGUGAAGAAAACAUAAGUGAAAGUAUUGUGGAGUAAAGACUUCUACUACUGCAUGUGUAUUUUCAGAUGUUUAGCUCAGUGUAAGCCAAGUUGUAUUUGGAAUUUUGAUGUAUAUUUCCUUUUUAAAACAUGUAUGCUAGCACUUUUAUGAGCUACAUUUAUGCCACUCUAUCAAAUAAAAAACAGUUUUC